AGUCAGGCUAACGCACGCUAAAAUAGCACACGCCCUACUUGCUUGUUUUCGGAUCUGGAAAACUUUUGAGCGCUGCGAGGACAUUUGUUGCACAAACUCUGCGUGGAAUGGCUGUUAGUGGGUCUAGACAGAAAGCAGAUCUGAAGGUUGUAAUACUGGGAUCGAGUAGUGUAGGAAAGACGAGUCUCAUACAGCGCUAUCUGAGUGGACACUUUGUUGAAAAUCGGCCAUCGACAAUUGGAGCUGCGUUUUCAGUAAAACAAUGGGGAAACUUUAAAGUGGCUAUUUGGGAUACAGCUGGAGAAGAGAGAUUUCGAGCUCUCUCAUCCUUCUAUUCGCGUGAUGCAUGUGCAGCUAUUCUUGCCUACAGCAUAACAGACAAGAAAUCAUUCGAAGAACUCCAGAAGCACUUCCUCUGUCUAUUAGACCACGCAAGAGAAAACUGUCUUCUUGUAGUUGUCGGAACAAAGUCUGACCUAAUUGAUGAAGAUGGACGACAGGUUGAGUUUGAAGUUGGUCAAGAAUUUGCAAAGCAAGAAAACUUACGACGCAACGAUUAUUUUAGCACAAAUGAAGCUAAAGCCUCAACUGCUUUUUUUGAGACGAGUUCCAAAACUGGUGAAAAUGUAAACGAACUUUUUCAGUUUUUGGAGAAGACUCUGCUGUCGAGACUGAAGGGCAGUGAACGUGAUGGUGUCAUAUCGUUAGAUAGAAAAACCAAGAGUAGUGGAGGCUGCUGUUGACGUUACAGUGGCUUGAAGUGCUGUCUAUUUUUAGCCGUAGUUAGUUUCAUAUUUUGUAAGUAAUUGUGUGAUUGAAUGAUGAUUUUUGAAUAGUUAAAGGACAGAGUGUAGGGCAUCAGUUGUUCUGAUCAUUUGCAUCUGUCUAGAGUAUGUGGUAUGUACUCUAUAGGACAUCACUCUCAUUGCUUUAACUAAUCGAGGGGCUGAGCUUACUUAUAUAUGUUAACGACAGU